UUUUGAUGUCUGCACAGGGCUUGUCUACACAGUCUGCCUGCAUCACCCUGGGGUUCAGUCUCAUCUUGAUGUCCUUACCAGAACUCAAAGCAGGACAGCAGAACUGCAGCCACCCUCUGGUGCCUGAACAUGGGGGUUUCCGGUGCGAGCCCUCCCCCUGCAGGGGGUUUCCCCUAAAGACAUACAUACGCUACUUCUGUGAGCCAGGCUAUGCCAUCCCGGGACGCGUCCACAAGUCCUCCUGUCGCUACGGACACUGGUUGCCGCCAGCGCCCGCCUGCAAGCCGCUGAAAGAUGGGCGUGACCGGGCAGCAAACUCCCUUCCCAGCGUUGCCACGACAGCAGUGGGUGUUUCCAUCUUCCUGCUCACUACCACGGCCUGCAUGGUCGUCAAGUCCCGCCUCCACCCCUGUCACUCCCAAAGCCGGCGGUCAUCAGACCAGGUGGACCUGUUGGUGGACGGUGUUCCCGUUUCCUUGCCAACCUACGAGGAGGCGGUCUACAGCAGCUGGGGAGUGCGCAUGCCCCCCUGUGGAGGCCCCACACAGCUCCUAUUGGCCCAGGAGGCUCACGAACACGCCCCCUCGCCACCACACUACCAAUCAGACUCCGGGCUCAUCCACCCCUCAUGUCGAAGCCCCGAACAAGCCCCGCCCCCUUACGAGGCAGUCCAAUCACGUCCCAGAGAGGGGCAGAGUGACACUGGGGUUGUGCGAGGCUUGCAAGUUGUACUUUCGAGCGAUAAAGAUGUCUGAGUGUUGUGACUCAAGCACCCUGGGGGGGGGGGCUGAACUGGGAUGAACUAAAAUCGUCUCUUACUACUGUGGUCAGGAACAGGGGAGAAACCACGGCUAGGUUUGACCCUGAGCUAGCCGGCUGUUUGGUUUGUGUCAUGAAGCACAUCCCUUGCUCUUCUGUCACAGCAAAUGGCUCCUCUGUUACAGGAAGUGGCUCCUCUGUUACAGGAAGUGGCUCCUCUGUUACAGGAAGUGGCUCUUCUGUUACACGAAGAGACUGGGGGUGAGGAAGGGGUAGGGCCUUAUGUUUUUACACCAAUCAUAUGAUAGUACACAUUUUUCAAACAACCAAAGUUGGCCGAGUUUCAGAUUAGUUACUUGAGGUGAACUCUAUUCGAUAUGUGACAACCGUGUCGAUCGAUGACCCGAGUCCCAAGCAACCGUCCCUGCGAGGCGAGCCGAAACAAGUGCUCCUUUCCGGACAUCAUGGUGUCUCACAAUCCACCCUGCGACAAAUCGGACCGCGGGGUGGGAACCAAACAAACGCCCUCGCGUAGGAGGGACCUGUGCGUCUCCAUGACGACCAAACGUAUUUAGCUUGUGUGUCGAGACGAGCAGGGUGUCGUUGCCGCGGCGAUAUGGGCGCCAGAGAAGACGGGUGGGCGAGCAAGUGGAGCAGUCGAGUUUCAGCAUGUUCCUUACAGGCAAUGAAUGUUUGUUUUUUAUUAUAAUUUUUUUCUUCUUAUCAAUGGAAGAAAGUGAAUCAGUUGUAUGAAAUGUAACAUUUCCAUAAUUAACUUUGAACAUUGUAUUGCACAGAAAUAUGAAUAAACAUUGUAUAUAUCA